CAAAUAAUUUGAGUAGUGCGCAAUAACAAUGGGGAAGCGUGACAGAAAGACGGAUGGAGGGAGUGACAGACUGACUCGUAUAGCCGUGGUAAACACUGACAGGUGCAAGCCUAAGAGGUGUAACCAUGAGUGCAAACGCUCAUGUCCUGUUGUCAGGAUGGGCAAACAAUGCAUUGAGGUCACCUCAGAGGACAAGAUAGCGUUCUUCUCGGAAGUGUUGUGUAUUGGGUGUGGUAUUUGUGUAAAGAAAUGUCCCUUUGAAGCGGUCAACAUUAUCAAUCUACCCUCUAAUCUGGAUGCGCAGACGACUCAUCGAUAUUCUGCUAACUCCUUCAAGCUCCAUCGGCUCCCUACACCUAGACCAGGUGAGGUAUUGGGUCUGGUAGGAACUAAUGGUAUUGGCAAGAGUACCGCUCUCAAGAUUCUGGCUGGCAAGGAGAAACCUAAUCUGGGACGUUUUGCUGAUCCUCCUGAUUGGCAGGAGAUAAUCUCGUAUUUUCGGGGAAACGAGUUGCAGAACUACUUCCGUAAAGUAGUGGAAGAUGAUCUGAGGUGUCUGAUGAAGCCUCAAUAUGUGGAAACUAUUCCCAAAGCUGCUCGGGGUCAUGUGAAGGAGAUCCUGGAGCGUCGUAAUGAGGUGGGAAAUAUGGACUACAUGGUGGAGAAGUUCGAUUUAACCAAGGUUCUGGAUCGUGAUGUCAAGGCACUGUCCGGUGGAGAACUACAGAGGUUUGCUUGUUGCAUGUGUUGUAUGAGGGAUAGUGACGUGUUCAUGUUCGAUGAGCCCAGCUCUUAUCUGGAUGUGAAACAAAGAAUGCAGGCUGCAAGGACUAUCAGGACUCUCCUCAAACACGACAAGUACAUUUUGGUGGUGGAACACGAUUUGUCAGUGCUGGAUUACCUCUCUGAUUUUAUCUGCGUUUUGUACGGGACUCCUGGAGCGUAUGGUGUAGUUACUAUGCCCUUCGGCGUUAGGGAAGGAAUCAACAUAUUCCUGGAUGGGUUCGUGCCAACAGAGAAUCUGAGAUUCAGAGAACAGGUACUGACCUUCAAAGUGUCGGAGACAGCAGAGAGAGAAGAGGAGCACAUCAAGAGGGAUGCUAGGUACCAGUACCCGGACAUGAUCAAAGAUUACGGACCGUUCAAACUGGCGAUAGACAAGGGCGAUUUCACUGAUUCUGAGAUUGUAGUGAUGUUGGGAGAGAACGGAACUGGUAAAACUACAUUCAUCAAGAUGCUAGCAGGGAUCACCAAACCUACCUCAUGUGUCGAAGAGUUGCCGCGUCUGAACGUGUCUUACAAGCCUCAAGAAAUCAGUCCUAAGUUCCAGGGUACCGUGAGACAGAUGCUUCAUGACAAAAUACGUAACGCUUACGUGUACCCUCAGUUCGUUACUGACGUCAUAAAACCACUACAGAUUGAGAAGUUAUACGAUCAGCAAGUACAGAACCUUUCUGGUGGUGAGAUUCAGCGUGUUGCUAUCUGUCUUUGUCUUGGAAAGCCAGCUGACGUGUAUCUGAUUGACGAACCGUCUGCUCAUUUGGAUUCCGAACAACGUUUACAUGCUGCUAAAGUCAUUAAACGGUACAUUCUUCACGCCAAGAAGACAGCUUUUGUUGUUGAGCACGAUUUUAUUAUGGGAACGUAUCUGGCAGACAGAGUUGUUGUGUUCGAGGGAGAACCCAGUGUGGAUACUAAAGCUUGCACGCCGCAGACACUACUCUCCGGAAUGAACAAGUUCCUGGAAUCCCUGGAGAUCACGUUUAGAAGAGAUCCUACAAACUUUAGACCCAGAGUCAACAAGAUGGAGUCUCUCAAGGACGUCGAGCAGAAGAGGACUGGGUGUUACUUCUUCCUUGACGAUUAACUUAUUGUCUCCAACUCUCUAGAGGGGGGCUCUCCAGGUCCAACUCUCUCUCUGGAGAGAGCUCUGGAAACAUAUCUCUCGCUCUGACAUUCUCCAUGAGGAUUUGUUUUUAGCUUUUUUGUUCGUCUUA